CCACGGCUCACUGCAGGCUGCAUUAGCACAGCCGGGGGUCUGCACCGCGCCACACUGCCUCGCCGCUCCAGCGAGAAGCCGCGCUGUGACGUCACGGACGGGCGCGCUGCAAUCCCGGGUUAGCGGAGAGGCCCCGGCGGGCGCGGUGCGUUGUGGGAUAGUGGAGCCGCUCGCAGCGGAGAGGAAGGGAGAGAGCUAUGGAGGAAAGCGAGGGUAUAAAUACAUCGCUCUGUUAAUCACGGCGGAGCUCGAAUCGGAGACGAGCUGGGUUUAGAGACCUGGAGCUUCCAGUCAGUUAAAGAGGAAAUGGCAAGAAACAAAAACCACAGCUUUACUUAAUCACGUUCCGUGACAAAGGAUUUCUUAUUGAAGAACCAGCGCAUCACCGAAGAACCGCCGAGUGCAGAGAGAGCUAGGCAGAUAGAUGAUGGAUAGGUGUCACGUUACCAGCGAGGCAGUGCGCUGUGCUCAUUUCCCGAAAAUCGUCUGGGACUGGGUUAUUUUUGCAAGCUUGCCUAAUUUAAAAUGAAACGGACCAUGGACAACUGGAUAUGUUUUGCAUCAACAGCCUACUCAGGCAGUUGGAGUCAAGAGUGAAGAAAAAGCAAGGAUAAGAUCACCUGUUUUUUUGUUUGUUUCUUACCCCAUGUUGUAAACAGUAUCUUCCUCCUUUGAGUAGAGCACCGCUCACCCUGGAUUAGGGUGCUCAUCUGCCUUUCUUCUACGUUUUUUUUUUUUUUUCUUGUGCUCUAUCACUGCCUGCCAUGAGGUUCCGAAUUUACAAGCGCAAGGUUUUUAUAUUAACUCUGAUAGUUGUAGCCUGUGGCUUUGCCUUCUGGAGCAAUGGGAGGCAAAGGAAAGGCGAGGUGUUCACCAGAGACACCGAGGUGGAGAGAAGUGACCGGGGACAAAGCACGUCUGUCCACAGAAAAGCAUGGAACGAGACGCUACAGGACAAGGGGCAGAAACCCGAGGUGGACAACAUGACCUUGGUUUAUCGGGGGAUCGUUUACCAGCUGAACUUUGACCAGACCAUCAAGAAUGCGGAGAAGUUCACCAGCCGUCCGAAAGAUGACCUGGUCUUGGUGGUCCAAGUCCACAACCGACCCGAGUACCUGAGACUGCUAGUAGACUCUCUUAGGAAAGCCAGGGGCAUUGAAAACGUGCUGCUGAUAUUCAGCCACGACUACUGGUCCCCGGAUAUUAAUCAAGUGGUCGCUACCGUCGAUUUUUGCCAAGUCCUUCAAAUAUUCUUCCCUUUUAGCAUUCAGUUGUACCCUCAAGAGUUUCCCGGAAACGACCCUAAAGACUGCCCAAGAGACAUCCCCAAGAAAGAUGCCUUAAAACUGGGCUGCAUCAACGCAGGUUUCCCGGAUUCGUUCGGCCAUUACCGAGAAGCAAAGUUCUCCCAGACUAAGCACCACUGGUGGUGGAAGCUGCAUUUCGUCUGGGAACGGGUGAAAGCCUUGAAAGACCACAGCGGGUUGGUUUUGCUCAUUGAAGAGGACCACUACCUGUCACCAGACUUCUACCACCUCCUCAAGAAGAUGUGGAGCCUGAAGAAUGAGCAGUGCCCUGACUGCGACGUUUUUUCACUGGGCACUUACGCCCACGCCAGCUUCUCCAACAAGGCUGAUAAAGUGGAGGUGAAAGCGUGGAAGUCGACUGAGCACAACAUGGGCAUGGCGCUGAGCAGAGACACUUACCAGAAGCUGAUGCAGUGCACAGACACGUUCUGCAGCUACGAUGACUAUAACUGGGACUGGUCCUUGCAGUACGUCACCGUCGCCUGCCUGCAGAGGUUCUGGAAGGUCAUGGUAAGUGAAGCCCCAAGGAUCUUCCAUGCUGGAGACUGCGGGAUGCACCACAGGGAAACCUGCAUGCCCCAAACCCAGAAGACCAAAAUCAUGAGCAUUCUGCAGAGCCAUGACAACCUGUUGUUCCCCGAGACCAUCCUCAUAUCCAAGAGGCUGCCGGUAGCUGCAGUUUCUCCGCACGUGAAAAACGGUGGCUGGGGAGACAUCCGAGACCACGAACUUUGCAAAAGCUACCGCAGGCUGCAGUGACAUUCCUUUCCAGAAACUUCCCACAAAAAACCUUUUGAAUUGUGUUUUUUUUCUCUCUUUCUUUACAGACUGUUUCCAUACUUAUUGGGAGUGAAGCAAAUAAAGUACAAUGUGUCUUUUAAUAACUAAGUAAAAACAAAACGUCUUGUGGAA